ACGAAAGUAGCCGAAUGGUAGCCAUCAUCAGACUUUUUCGGGUCGGCUCACUCCAAUUUGUUCAUCAAAAAGUAGGAAAAAUUUGUAAAAGUAUUUUUGAAAUUUCAAUAUUGUUAUUUAAAGAUCAAUUAUUAAUUUGAUUGACGGUUUUUGAAGUCUUUAAUAAUUAUAGUUCGAUCAAAAAUACUUUUAAAAUCCCAAAGAAAAAAACCAAAAAGACCAUUUUGGUUUAAAAUUUCAUCGCACUGCGUGCAAAGUAGUUAAAGAAAGUCUAUUCGGUCCAAGUUAAAAAAUUGACGAUUUUUUUAUAAAUUUUGUGUGAAAGCAAGAAGGGGACGUCAAAAAUUUUAAUUUGCUUUAAAAAAGCAUUUUUUUUUUUUUUUAAUUUUAAUAUAUAAUUUUUGGAACGGGCGAAAAAAAAAUUAAAUUGGAAAGCUCUUUCUUACAACGUGAAUAUUAAUCCAAAAUAACUUAGUAAAAAAAUGGCGUUAAAAAGAAUCAACAAGGAACUUCAGGACUUGGGUAGAGAUCCUCCAGCACAGUGCUCGGCAGGGCCAGUUGGUGAUGAUUUGUUUCACUGGCAAGCCACUAUAAUGGGUCCGCCCGAUAGUCCUUAUCAAGGCGGCGUAUUUUUCCUAACAAUACACUUUCCAACAGAUUAUCCCUUUAAACCACCAAAAGUCGCUUUUACAACACGCAUAUAUCACCCAAAUAUAAAUAGUAAUGGGUCGAUUUGCCUUGAUAUAUUAAGAUCUCAGUGGUCACCGGCAUUAACUAUUUCAAAAGUUUUAUUAUCAAUUUGCUCUCUUCUCUGUGAUCCAAAUCCAGACGAUCCUUUGGUACCGGAGAUUGCAAGAAUAUAUAAAACUGAUCGAGAGAAAUAUAAUGAGUUGGCACGAGAAUGGACAAGAAAAUAUGCUAUGUGAUGCGUUCCAGUACUACAGUCGAUCCGUCAUAAUAUUGUAAUAAAAAAUGCUACAUUAUAAAAUCUACUUAAUAUAAAUAUUAAAAUAAUUAUCAUUAAUGA